GCAAUUUCCUUCAAGUGUUUUGGCAGUUGAAGAUUAUUUUAUCACAUCCUGCGUACGAUCGGACCGGAACAGUUGAUUCGGCGUUAUUUUCUCCACAACAAAAGACUGACAUCAAGACGUGAUAAGGCAGUGUCGGGUCAGUGUUCAAGCCACGCUUCUGAUUUCAGGACAAGGAAAAAUGGACGCGUUGAGAUGAAUCUUAUAAAAGAGGUCAGCUGGAAUCAUUUCAGGCCAGAGUGAGACCAUUAUGGCAAAUGGCUCAACUUAACUGACAUGAGUAGCAGAGAAAAGCCUGGAGUGAUUCGUCGACUCAAUCGUGGAAGAAGUACACCUGAUAGUAAAAGUAAAACUGACUCUGGGUGUUUUGUGGACGAGGAACUUGAAAGAAAUGGUGGCAGCGAUAGUUCCCAAGGAUCCAUCAACUCAUCACCAGUGAAAGAAAAAGAUUGCAAAAAGUCCGAACAAGCGCAUAAAGAGAGCAAAGCAAAUACUGCCACCACACUGGGGUCAUCUUCUGAGCCAGCCACAUUUGAAGAAAAUGCUUCAAAGAAUUGUGUUGUUGCCAAGGAAAAUGUCAUGAAUGGGGACAUAACUGCUGAUGAUGAGAAUGAAACUUCAGUCACAGAGAAUGCGGACUCAGUUUGUGAUAUUGUCGAGAAGACUCGAUGUUCCAGUGAUUUCUAUUGUCUUUACUACAGUGUGUCACCAGAGGGUACACUGACAAAGAGUGAUGCUGUAAAGUUGAGAGGGAAACCUCCUGUUCCCCCUAAGCCCAAGCUUAGACGUGGCAGUGCUCCUCCGUCAAGUUUUAAUCAUGUUGAAGGAAUCUAUAACCAAAAUAAAGACAUCACAAAACGUUUCUCUUACAAUGAAGGCCAGAGUGAUAAUAAUGAGAUUGUCCAGCAAAGUGAAAAGAGAAAAUCAGUUGAGGAACGUGUUCUCUUUUUUGAAGGAUUUGCCAAAGAUGACACAUUUAAAAGCAAAAAUGUACAAGCUGCAAAUUUUAGGGAUUUGCCUGAUGUCCUUGGAGGUAAGGACUUGGAGAGAGAAAAUCCCAGCGGUUUGCAUGUUGUUCAGAAUGGUUUAGAUGUGGAGAAAAGGACUGCUCCUUUGGCUGAUAAUGAAGAAUUUUCCUUUGAGAGUAACAGUGGUUGCGAGUCUGUUAAUUUUGAUCAGGAAGUACGUGUACCAGAGACGUUUGUACCACUAGCUGAAGAAGAUGCACUCUCAAUUAAUGGAAGCAACUAUUACCACUCAUCAAUAAACUGCAGUACUGGUAAUGACAAUAGCCACAGUAGUGAGAGUGACAGGAAGUGUCUUGACUGCGUUAAUGAAGUUGAUGAGAUCGAAGACACUGAAUGUUUUGUUGUGGAUGAAAAUCAGAAUGGUGUCAAAAUUGCUUGUCAUCAAAAUGAUCAUCAAUUCUCUGAUGUAAUGGCUUCAAACAUUUAUGAAGAAACAGUGACUGAUGCACAGACAAAAGAUAGUUGUAAUCUUGCUCUUCAGAAUGGAAUGGAGUGUUUUGAAGUUUUGACAAAGGAAGGUGACUUAUUAGCAGUAAAUACACCGACUUGCAGCAGUGAUUACAACAUGUCAGUGCCUGCUCCUGAGAAUGAGGAGGGGAUAGGUUUCAGUGAAAAACUUGUGAAUCCACGACUAAAUGAAAUCAAGCAAGAGUUGUUGGUCAGUUCAUGGCAUUAUGAAGGAAAUAAAAUGCCAAGAUGUCCAGGAUCCUUUGCUGGUUUGCCUGAACAAAAUAAGGAUGUCUCUAACUUGGAGCUGAAAAGAAGAUCAUGGUCAUUUAGUGAGUUGACACAUCCCACGGACAGCAACACCCCUUUUGUGCGCAAAGUUUAUCAGGUUCCUGCUCCAAAGCUAACCACAUCAUUGUGGCAUUCUGAGAGUGGUCUUUCAUCACCAUUUAUUCGCUCUGUGCAGCAAAAUCAACCAAAGCAAAGUCCAUUAACUGGUAGAAAUGUUUUCCAGAGAAAGAUGGGCCUGAGUGAUCACCGUCCAGCUAGUGCUACACAAUACCUUGAUUACUCAGGCUAUACUUCAGAUGACAGCAGUGUUCAUUCAGAACCAUUAUUUCAGCCAUUGAGACGCCGGCCACAAAAUCUGAAUAAUGAUCGUAUUCUCAAAAGCGUGUCUGUCGAUUCUAACAUCUCUAUGCUAGACAAUGGGGCCACCUCUUGGUCUAAAGUUCAAAGAAGGAGGGUUCGACAUUCGUUAGGAAGCAGGGAUCCCAUCUUUGCAUUGAGGAGACAAUCUGUUGAAUUUGCUGAAGAAGAGCAGCCACCUUCAUUUCGCCCUGUCAGUCCAGUUCAGCUUCCAAACCUUCAAACCUUGAGGCGGGCUUCAUCAUACACCAGCUCUUCAAGCGAUUCGGAGGUUGAGAAGAUCUUUAAACAGCCAGAGGUUUCAACUUCUCAAUACCAUCGUCACACCAGUGGUCACAGUGGCCUAGUAAGCAAUGUGACUCACCGCAAAGUCAGUGCAAUGGAGGCACUGUUUGGCCCUCAGUCUCCAAACAGUGUGGCACCUAGCUCGGAUUCUGAACAAUCAAGGAGAAAAUCUCUUUCUGAGAGGCUUUCUGAAAUUCCAUCUCAGCCAGCAGAGGGAGAUUUCUUUUCUGAGGAACUGGAAGAAGAUGAAAUGGCAGUAAUGGAUGAAAAGGUUGAAGAGCCAGGGCUGGAGUUUGAUGACACUGAUUACAGUGAGUUUUACACUCGAUGUGAAGACAAGGAAAGCAUCAUUACAGCUGAAGCACUGAGUAUUAAAAAACUCUUGCAGUCUCCGAUAACAGUUUUACCCGACCCUGAUAUUGAGUCUGUGGUGAUGUCAGUGACAGAGAGACAGGCCUCAGUACCAACCUUAGACAAAGCGGAAUUUACCAUUGAGUCUCAAAAUGCAUUACCUGAAGAUGACAAUUUUAGCACAGAAGACAACACUUCUGAACUUGAAACAGCACAGCAAUUUUACAGACGACACAGAGGAACGCAGACACCGCCUCCUGAGGUCUUUAAAGCUUUGUCUCCGCCACCUUCAGUUGCAACUCAAACUCCUCCCUUGCCAGUCUCUCAAGAGCUUUCAUCUUCACUGUUAAAAGAGUUAGAAUUGCAAAUCCUCAAACCAACGAUACCAAAAGCCUCUCCCACUAUGUCACUGUUACAAGAACACCAUUCUCCAUUGCUGAGUGAUUUCCAAGCAGUCUCCCCAUCCUCUGCUCCCAUUACUAACACAGGCAUGCUUUCCCCUUCUCAGGAGGCUGACAAAGCUGUCUCGGUCGAAGAACUUCUACAGAUCCUUGCUAAUAUGCCGGCUUGCUCACCCAAAGAAGCACCAUCACGGAAGCCUGUCUCUGUGCAGAAGUAUAACAAUCCAUCGCUUCAGAAUGAAAGCACAAAACCCAGUGAAAUUCCCAAAAGUCUUCCAAGCAGUUGGCAGCAUUUGAGUAGCCCCACUGGAAAACAGAAUGACAGUGAAAGCUUUAAGAAACCUACUGGUGUUCCACCAAGGUCUUCCAAGAGCUAUGAUUGCUUGAGGCGGGGUUUCUCAGGUAGAGAGAAGCGCAGUGAUGCAAUGCAAGCAAAGAUGGUUGGGAGUAAUGAAAGUAGUGAGAACAUUCGUAAGAAGCUCAAGGAGUGGAAGCUUAGAUCGCAGCUCUUUGAAGAAGAGGUUGAGUGCUUGGAAGACAAGGGAAAUAAGCGUAGACAGCCAAAACCCAAGGAGGAAAAAGCUUUAAAAGUUUCCUAUGAUGGAAGCGAGUCCACAGAUAACAUUGAAACACAAAGCAAGUUGACUAAUACUCACAGCCUGAAAAGACCACGUAAAGACAGGGCAUUCUCUCAGAAGGAAAGAAAUUUCAUUGAUGUUAGCAGCUUUGACGAGAAACAAUCUUUAACACUCACUACCACAAAGCAUGACAGUUUGAAAAGUACAGAGGCUAAAGAUAGUGAUGGUGUGGUCAAGGAGACCUCCAGUAGCUACGGAGAAGAUAAAAGUGAGCUUGAAUUGACUUCAGUUGCUGAUAAAUUGCAGAGUAAUGAACCACUGCUGCAUGAAGUAGCCAGCCCUGAAGGUGUUGACAUUUUUAUUGAUUAUAGAAAGAAACAUGGAAUGCACAUCACGAGUACUCCAAAACCCCCACCUGACCCUGACAAGAGUGUUUCUUGUAGGGAGGAUAGGGUGGGUAAAAUAAAUUUUGAGAAACUUGAUGAUCUACAGGCAGAGAAACCUCUUAGAACAGGUACAACAGAAGACAAAUUUGUCCCUACUGAUGUGGAAUCUCAAGGGGAUGCUUCUUCGUCAUCUUACUCAUCUGAUGAUGAUCACUUUGGAGACUUUGGUGGAAGUACAGAGACGGUUGUCUUUGUGGACACUGAACCAAACUCAGGGAUCUCACUGGUGUCUAAUCUUGAGACUCUUGACAUGAAUCUUGUUGGAGGCGACAAACUGUUAUCUGGCAAAAAUGACGAUGAUGAUGAUGAUGAGAAAGACGAGUCUAGACUAGAUGCUCUGUUAGGAGAAGUGCGCAGAUCUCUGAACUUGGAAUUUGUGGACUCUGAUAUCUUGGAUAAAGCAAUUGAUAGAUUUAAGCAGCGUGUGUCCCCAAACACUCAAGAUAAGGCACUCUGUGGAGGUCUCAGCAUGGAAGCUUAUGUGGCUUUGCACCAAGCUGAUGAAUUACAAGGAAUUAUCAGUGAAAUAAAGGGGGAGCUGAAACUACUCCAUGAUGAAAAUGAUAUGCUGCGAGAACAAGUUGUCACCCUGGCUAAUUAUCAAACAAAUGGAGAAGUGACUGAAAACAGUAGCACAGAGUCAUCUGAGAGACUGGAAAAUCUCUAUAAGCUGUACAAAGUCAAGCAUGGUGACACAGAUGAUGAGGAUGCAGUUGAAAUUGAUGUGUGCCUUAGGGGAUUUUCCACAGUACCACUUGGCCACGUUCCCUCCAAGAAAAAUGAUGUCCAUCUGGGAACAGUAUCAGUGAAGGGAGCUGACUGGAAUGGAGUCAUGGAAGCUGCAAAGAAAACAUUUGUGGAGCACAUGAGGAAAGUUGAUCCAGAAGACUAUCUGUGUCUUGGAGCACACAGCAUACGAGGAGUUCAAACAGGAGUCGUUGUGUGGAGUCCAGGCUCUCUGAAAAGAAGCUCUCCACGUGUUGAACUGUCUGAUAAAAGUACUCCCUGUGUCAUUCAACUUAAAGACGGAAGUCACUUCUCUUGUGAUUCACUUGUUUAUGACACACUGCUGCCCAAGGAAGCAAUAGAGGUGAGUGGCUGUGAAAUAGAAUGUGUGAUAAUCCUUCAUGAGAAACAACUGAGAUGUCUGUAUACAAUCUAUAUCAAAUGUUAUGACAACAUUGUGCUGGGACUGAUUGGAUGGAAGUCGUCACCAGCUGUGGUAACUUUCAAUGUCACUCAACAAACUCGAAAAGAACUAAAGCGAGAUUUAGCCUCUCUAAUGGAGAAGACCCUGUCAAGUUCCAAUGAAGGCACCCCGGCUGUGAUUAUACUUGAUCAGUUAAAUUGUCUGGCGUCAUUGGCUGACAUCUUUGACUUCUCACAGCUUGAGAAAAACAGUAGUUGCCCUUACAUCAUUGGUGUUCGGGAUAAAAGCAGGAAAGGACCCUUCUCUUCUAAGGAGCUGAGCCUAUGCCAUUACUUUAGGUGGCUACGAGUGUCUGUAAAUGACAGACAGUACAGUGGACUGCUAAGUAGAUUCCUGAGGCGUAAACUGAGUUGGAGUCAAAUUCGAACUGGUGUUGAAGGUGGUGACCUCUUGGAGUUAUUUGACUGGUUGUCAAUAGUGUGGCAGCACCUGAAUGAAAUCCUGGAAGAUUUUUGCGACGCCGAUGCCACCAUAGGUCCCUCUCUGUUUUUCUCAUGCCCAAUGGACUUCAAAGCCGCCGAGGGCUGGUUCGUUAAUGUUUGGAACUACAACGUGAUCCCAUAUCUACACCAGGCUCUUAGGAGUGGCCGAAAGAUCUUUGAUCGUUGUGUCAGUUGGGAGGAUCCAACAAAGUGGGUAGUUCUUAGAUACCCAUGGAAUAAGGACCACAGCAGGGUCCUUCACACGCUCCGGAAGCUGCGGCAAGUCGAUGUUGUCCUCAACAGGAACCAACUGGGCUCAGACAAUGUUUCUUUUGCUGAGUGCAUCGAAGACAAUGAGAAAAUUCUUCGUGCCCAAUCCACUGUGUCUAAAAGGGUUCGUACUGUUGUUCAGGAAAAAAUUCCAAAGGCAGAACUAAAAGAAAAGCGAAAGACCGCAGAAUUGAAGGAAGGCCAUAGAGACGACGACGACAGAGAGUCAUCAUACUCUGAGUCCGACAGCUACUUAGAAACCAGCAUUUGAGCUUCCAUGCUCACUCGUAUGCUCCCCUCUCUAACAUGGAGAGAUUUUUGUACAGUAAUGAUUUCCAAAUUAUUCAUUAACCCCAGUCAAAUGCAAACCAUUAGGACACUGGGAAUUUUUUGGCACGAUUUACGUAAUAACAUGCGAUUUUUAAAUCGUUCCCAGGGUCCCCUCUUUUCUUCUGUGAGAGAGGGAAGCUGGGAACGAGAUUGUGCGAUUUCACCAUGGGGGCUUUGUUAAUAGUAGUAUAUUAUAAACCAUUUUAGCCCCCCCCCCCCUCCCCAAUCCGUGGAAUCUUUCUAGACUUGUAUUUAAAGGUGGUUUUAAGUAUUAGAUGAUAAAAUUUAAUCAAGAUUAGUCGUAAAGAAAAAUAACUAUUUUAUCAUACAUUUUUAGAAAUCAAGAUAUUUUAUGUAGGACUCGUUAUUAAAACAGAUGCAUGAAAUCAACAAGCCGGACAUCAAUUAAUCCAAGUGUUCAUUAAAUUUCCCCAGAUUGACUGAUUUCCGAAAUGCUUUGACAAUUCGUAUUUUGAAUUAAAGAAGUUUGUAAUUAUAUCGUUAUUUUUUAAACUGUUGAAAGAUUUUUUCGAUUUGUAACCUAACAUUAGUUUGAAACGUGUUUAAUAAGAAGCUAAUUCAUAGUCCUUAUAGAACUGGAGACGAUCAUAUUAACUAGCAAGUGGUAAAAUGCUCAUAUUUUUCAGUCCAUUUUAAAAACAUUUUGGUGGAACAGGUACAAUUUCAUUUUUGCGAAUUUUAGUGUCCGUGACGAAGUGAACCGCUGUUUUUGUCUCGAAGUUGCUAUAGUAACUGAUCGCGCCAUGAUGACUUGUUAUUUUUCUUAUUGAUAAGAACAUCGCAACUUAAUAACUCCUUCAAACGACACUUGUUCCCCACACUUGGAAUGAAAACGUGUUUUCUUUUGUAAGCCUGUUAGAUCUUAUUCUUGUUUUCGGUAUUGGACUGGAAUUAGCUUGAAACUGAGACGUCAAAUUCAAAAGACAGUCUCUUUUUAAUGAUAUUCCCUCGCAUGAACCUCCACAGUAAGCUAGCUCCAGUCAAGACAGAAUGACAUUUUCUCUUGCUCCAGUCCAAUACCAAGGAUACGAGUAUGGCCACACGUUUUCAAAUUAUUAGCGGUCCUCACAGUUUUUUUUUUCUUUGAAAAGAAGUUUAGCGAGUUUACCACUCAGUGCAGCUUUGUAAUGUAGGUGGCGCGAUUUGUACAUUGAUCAUCUCUGGAGUUUGUCUGAUUCCUAAUUGAACUGUCAGGACCAAAACUCAGAAUACGUUUUACCACGAGCAGUCCAUCUUAAAAGAACUAGUAUGACCCUGCAUCAAGUUGGCAUUGCUAAGGAGUAAUCAUUCGACUGAUUUUUUUCUACUUGCAGCCUUAAUUAAUACCCUUGGAUAAUCGCCAAUGUUACCGCGAACAAAGGAGAAUUUUUAAGGAUACAUCGAGACAAAUUGCGAUGACUAAGAAACUAGGAACUAGUGUUGAUACCGUCUUCGUGUAACGCAACCUUGCUAUUAAAUUAAACUUUUACUAUAUAUCAUAUUUAUUCAAAUAUUGUAAACUCAUAUAGUUUUAAUACUUUUGUAACGGCGUCCUCAAAGUCAUUUUUAAUAGGUCCUUAUUAAUAAAUUCAAGAUCUUGUUGAA